GUAGGCGUGGCCACAGUGACUCCAAAAUUUAAGAAUCUUGUCAUCUUCUCUGCUUUCAUGGAGUUACAAUUUUUGAGGGACAGUUUUCCUGAUGACCCUCUGUUGGAAAAUUCCGGGAGUCUUGUAAAUGAGUUUUUCUGUGCAAGAAAAGUGUCCAAUCAUUCAUACGAGGGGAGACUAUUCCUCACACAGAAAGCUUUCUUUUUUGUCUCUACCUUCUCAACUGGUAAAUCAUACAAUAUUUCAUUUUCAAUUGAAGAAGUGGGCGAGAUUAUUUCAUUUAUAAGAGUAAUACCAUCGAUUGAGUUUGUAUUGAGGAAAAGAAAAGAAGAAUUCACUAAUUUUCAUGAUCUUAAUAAAACCCUAAAUGUUCUUGAGAAGGCACUGCCGAGUGAGCAAGUUACAUUUACCAGCAGAAAACAAGCAUUGAGUCGUCUCGUUAGCGUUCCUACUAAAGAACUGUUAGCCGAUGGAAAUGAAAUUAAAAAGCUAUGUCCCUAUUAUUCUCAAAGUGGUUUUUGUCCACGUCUUCCAUUCUGCAAGUUUCAGCAUGACAGGCUACAACAAUCGUUAGAGGAUGCAUCUACUCCUACUAAAGAUUUUAAUAAACUCUCAACUGAAGGACAGCCUCCGUUUGCACGCAGCAUCUCAACUCCAGGAACCACGUUCUCCGACAAAAAAACUUCACCCAAAACCCAAGGAAGUGGUUCCAGCGAUGACGUCAGUAUUGUUACAUCGCAUGACUCUAGACAUGAGAAUGAGCCGAGGGUUGGAGUAAAUGAUGAAUCACCUGAUGAUAUCAGUGGGCAGGAGGAGGUGGAGGUGGAGGAGGAGGAGGGAGGUAUAGAAGAUGUUGUGGUCAAGAGGAAGAAAGGAGUACCUAACAUUUAUAGCUCUGUCUCUCCAGAGGAACUAGAAUGUGAACAGAAUUCUGAGGAUCAUCCUACACAAUAUGGAUCAGGAUUGGAAGAUAGUGAUGAAGAACAAGUUGAGAUCCCAUCUAAGAUACUAGUAUAUCCUGCUAGCAUGAUUAGUCGCUCUGAUAUUGACUCUGGUGACAAAAUGAUACUCUCUCCUGACAUCCUAAUGGCCUGUGAACAAAAAGAAUUGUCCUACCCAAUGGCAUUCUGCUUGGAGAAUAAAGCUCAGAAUAAGAUGGUCCAUGCUGGAGUCCUUGAGUUCAGUAACCCUACCCCAAACACAGCAUUCCUUCCUCAGUGGAUGUUUGAUCACUUAUCUGUUGGAGAAGAUCAUGAGGUUGACUUUGGUUAUGUUGAUCUUCCCAAAGGAACGUUUGUACAACUACAGCCGGUCUCUUCUGCAUGGCUUGCAGUGCCUUAUGAUAAAAGGGUAGCGAUACUCGAGUUUCAACUUAGGAAUUUUCAGACCCUAACUGAAGGAACUAAAGUUACCAUAACUUAUGAGCUGAAUAAACACACUUUCAAGAUAUUAAGAUGCAAACCGGCCAAAGGUAUAUCAAUAGUUGAUGCUGAUGUUAAAACAGACUUCGUAGAGCCUGCUGAUUACAACAGAUUUCAUUCAGUAGAGGAAGGACAGGCUGAGAACAUCAUGUUGGAUGAGCCAGUUCAUUGCACUCUCAUUGCUGGACAGUACAGGCACUUUGUACUGCUCUCUCUCCCUCCUAAAUUGCAGCCAUCUUGUUUGACAGUUGAAGUGAAGAAAGAUACUGGGGAUCCUGACCUCUUCUUGUGUCAAAACUGCUCAGUUCCAUCACAAUCUCGGUACAUGUGGUGCUCUCAAGAUGCUGGUGAUUCUGUUAUCACACUGAAUGAAGACGAUAAAGAAUACAAAAGAGAUAAACCAAUUUUUGCUGGUGUUGUAAGCCUUUUUGAAGACACUUCAUUUACAAUUUGUUUCCAUUCAAACGAAACCACUGACGGGCAUUCGAUUCAAGCAGCUGCAAGUCCAGUAGGUCAUGUACUAAGAUCAGCCGCUGGUAACAGCUCACUGGGAGAAGGAGAGGGAGAGAGAGGAGAGGACAGUAAAGAGGAUGAGCCAGUUUCUAUUCCUCCUGGAUACGAACAGUGCUCAUAUUGUGACAGUGUCAUGCCUCAGCUAAGAUUACUGAUGCAUGAGAGACACUGUGCACAAAGCACUUUUAAAUGCCCAAUAUGCAAGCAGUGUUUUCCUAAAUCAGCAGAGAAGAAGCAUCACUCCAUAGCUCAUGAGCCCCUCACGUGUGAAUGUGGUCAAGAGCUAACGCAGUUAGCUCUGCAUCAUCAUCAGUUGACGCAGUGCAUUAAGAGAAGUGUCAAAUGUCAAUUUAAAUGGUGCCAACUGUCGUAUCCAUUAGAUCAAAUGGAUGCUCAUGAGAAUCAGUGUGGUCGCAAACAAGUUACCUGUCCGGAAUGCUAUGAGGAAGUGACCCAGUUAGAGUUUGAAAUGCAUCUGGAAGCUUUUCAUACUGUUGAUGUGUCUAAGAUAGACUGGACCAAACCUAUUACAUCACAGCAAUUGACGUACCUUGUGUCUGAAAUUCCGACUCAAAAUGGCGACUUCAAGUGUCACUGCGGAGAUAGUUUUGCAUUUGAGGAUGAUCUUCAAGUUCAUCAGCUUACUGUCUGUUCCCCUGAACAAAGUAUCCAGAGCACAGGUGAUGACGAUGAUAACGAGGAUAUUGUUGGCUAGUUGUUUGUGUGUGUGUGUGUAUGUAUACUGUAUUGUCUCUCUGUAGUAACAUCAUAACUCUCUCGUGAUUCAUACUACUACAAUAAUACUCAAUAAUUGGUGUCGUGUUUUUUAUGCAUUGUAAUAAUUAUUAUUGUAAUCAUAGACUGUAAAAAUUCAUUACAAAUAAUUCAUGGAAA